AUGGCUUUAGCGGGAUCAAGCUUCCAGGGGGGCUUGGAGACUCUAUGGAGACAAGAUAAAGAAUUGAUGGGGGAAGAGCACAACACAGAGGCAAAUCGAGAGGGAAAGAGGCAUGCAGGGGAGGGGAAAGAAAAUGAUUUUGAGAAUCAGGUGAACACAAAAAAAGAUGAUAAAGAAUUUAGAAGGCUCGAAAACAGUAAGAUAGAUCUACAGAGAGAGCUAGCUGAAGAAGAGGACAAUGAGGUUCAAGAAGUAAAAGAACAGUGGGCAGUUGUUAGAGAGCAGAAAGGGGUGAUAGUGGAUGUGGAUACAACAAGGGUAUACAGCAGAGACUCAUAUGCCAGAGAAAUGUUCAAAGCCCUGGAGCAGCUCAGGGACUCGUCUCUCCUCACUGACCUGACUCUGAGCACUGAGAAUGGGCAGUGUCUCCACGCACACUCCCUUGUCCUGGCUGCUGUCAGCUCCCUAGUACACCACACCCUAAUACACCAGAGGCUGCCCAAGUGGGAUGAAGACCUGGAGAAGAGGAGGGAGAGGAGAGAUUUUGACAUGAACAUACAGACAGAGAUAUCCAUCAGUCUGGGUCCUGAGGUGAGGCGUGCAGGGCUGGCAGGGGUGACUGAGUUUGCCUACACUGGUGCCAUAUCAGCUCUGAACAGAGACUCACUGGCCCAGAUACAGACUGCAGCUAAAACACUAGGGGUCCCCAGAGUUCUAGAACUCUGCAGGAAAGAGGAGGGGAAGAUGAAGAAGGGAGUAGAGAAGAGGGCAGAAGAAAAUAAGGUGUCUGCUGAAGAACAGAUGAAGCGCAGUCUUCAGUCAAUCAGACAGCUGUGGAAAGAGGGAGUAGGCUGUGAUGUGGAGCUGGAGGUUGGUGGGACAUCAUUCCAUGGUCAGUAAACUGGUGUCAAAAUACAUAAUGACUAUGUACUGUACAAUGAUAGAGAAGACAAUUCAUAUAUUUUUAGUUGGGAGCAUCCGAGAUCAAGCUAAAUAACCCAUGCAUGCUUAUGAUGGUAAUAAUAUUGAUUUUGAGCAUAUAAUAAUAUAAUUUUGAAUAAUAAUCGGAUGAUAUAUAAGAUAUUAAUAUUACUAAUAUAUUAAUAUAUUAUUAUAUGAUGUUAUAAUGAGAAAAUAUAUACAUUAAAUAUUAAUUUGAUUUAUAUUUUUGUAUAUUUUUGUAUUCAUUGUUGGGGACUCGUCCGGGAUCAACAAAAUUAAAUUAUGUUAACUUAUAAUAUUCUGACUUUCUGUCUUACAUCUGAAUUCAUAAGAGUCAUGAUAAACCAGAUGGGGAAGUAGUCUAUUUAUGAGCUACCUGAUUAUAAUAAUGAUGAUAACAGCAAUAAUCCAUUUCCUCUUCUCUCUCCUAUCUCCAAGUCCACAGAGUGCUCCUGGCUGCCAGUAGUGACUACUUCCGGGGAAUGUUCACCAGCGGGAUGAAGGAAUCCCAGCAGCUCUGUGUGGCCCUUCCCUUCCUGGAGGCUGCUGAGCUGGAGGCCCUGAUUGGCUGCUCCUACAGUGGGUCCCUCCCCCUCAGCUGGGGGCAUAUCUUUGAGAUCACCUGCACCGCCUUCCAGCUCCAGUUCCAGCCCGCCCUCUCGCUGUGCCUCGACUUCCUGGAACAGGAAAUGGAUGCCCACUCCUGCCUGGAUGUGGCCUCCUUCGCUGAGGCUUAUGGGAUGCCGGAACUCCUCGAUGUGGCCAAUAGUUUUGUCCUGAGACACUUCCAAAACGUGGCAAACACCCCUAAAUUUCAAGACCUGCCAGCCAAUAAGCUAAGAAGAUACCUGAAAAGCAACUCCCUCUUUGUGCCCUCUGAGCUUGUCGUCUUCAAGGCUGUAGUGGCUUGGAUCGAGGCGUGUCCCAGCAAAAGGCUUAGACUCACCAAAAAGCUGAUGAAGAAAGUCCACUUUCCCCUCAUGAACUUCAAAGAGUUCAAUGAAGUUAAAAUGGCAAAACUGUGGUCUGAAUGCAACAUGGAAGGUCUCUACCUGACUAUACUGAAGGACUUCUACUCCCAUCACGUUGCACCUCGGACCCUGUGCAGAGUCUACUUGCCGAAGGACAGUCUAGUCUUGGUGGGUGGAGAUCAGAUCUCUGCUGAUUUUACCCGGCGAUCUCCCAGCCGAGAACUGUGGUACGGGAACUCUCUGAGGAACUACACAGGUGUUGUAAAGAAUGUGGAAUGGAGGUUGCUUGGAGAGAUGCCAAAGCCACCAAGGUUAAGUCACGAGGUGGCGGUACUCACAGGGAAGUUGUAUGUGGUCGGGGGACAGAAUUAUGAAGGCAUGCUUGACAUUUUCAACUCGGUCUACAGGUGAGAUAAGAUGCUUUGGGUUUGUAUCUACUAACCAAUUAGUCCUUUAGGUAUGACAUUUUUUACAUAUUUAUGUUUUUACACAAUUUUCACAUUCUUUAUUGUCUUUCAGAUAUGAUCCGCUUCAGAACCUCUGGGAGAGAUUGGCUGACUUGCAGAAGACAAGGUGUAACUUUUCCAUGGUUGUGCUGGACGGGAUGAUAUAUGCCAUUGGAGGGGACAUUGAUCCAAAAACUAACCUGGAUAGUGUGGAGCGCUACUGUCCAAACACAGAUUUCUGGAGGUACGUUUUUUUUUUGGUAGCUCAAAAGGGAAUGGUAACACAGCAUUGCUUGCGGUAGUUAAUGGUUCCGUUGGAGAUUGUAUAUAACUUAAGUAAAACGUUGUUUCUUUGUUGCUAUCAUUACCAACUUUGGCCUUCCCUUCUAGCUUUGCCCGACCCUUGGAUAUGACUUUGAGUUGCCAUGCUGCCACAAUGUUGGAUGGAAAGAUUUUCAUCUCAGGGGGGUUCGACUGCAGGCACCAGUGUCUGGUGUCUAUGUUCCUGUACCACCCUGAGAGAGGAACCACCUACCUGGCCGAGAUGAGCCAACCUCGAGCCCAUCACUGCAUGGAGACUUUAAACGGCCAUCUUUACGUGGCAGGAGGAGUCACUGUUGAUGAAAACGUCAUGUCUAUCGACCAGCUGGCCUGUGAGGUUUAUGACUCGGUUAGUGACUCUUGGAGCGCCCUCACACCCCUGGCCGUCCCCCAUGUCGGAGCAGCCUCUGUGGUUCUAGAGGGGAUGCUCUAUGUGCUAGGAGGAUACUGCCAAGAGGACUACAGGGAUACCAGAUUGGUUCAUCGUUAUGAUCCCACCAACCAACUUUGGGAGAAUAUGGGCGAGAUGCCAGGACCCAACACUGACAUACGAGCCUGUUUGCUCCACCUGCCCAACCACUUAAGACAAUGAAACAUCACUAUAUAUCCCAUAAGACUACACUACAUUUU